AUGAUCUGUAUUAAAACUAGAUAUUUCAAUAUUCAUCGAAUUCUUUUACUUGCUGUUGGCUUAUGGCCUUAUUGUAAAUCGAAUCUUGUUCAGUUUCAAAUAAUGCUGUGCUUUACUAUUCUGAUAAGUUUUAUUAUUUUUCAACUCACAAUAUUCUUGACAGCAGAAUGCACUUCCCUUCUAGUAAUAAAAGUUCUUUGUACCACAACGUUUUCUAUUAUAUAUGUAAUAAAAUAUAAUUCAUUUUGGAUUAACGCUCGUAAUCUUACGAUAUUUUUUACUACAGAAUGCACUUCUCUUCUUAUAAUAAAAGUUUUAUGUACUACAACGUUUUCUAUUUUAUACGUAAUAAAAUAUAAUUCGUUUUUGAUUAACGCCCGUAAUGUAAAAUGUUUAAUGGAACGACUACAACAAAUCUGUAACGAGCUAAAAAAUGAAGAUGAAAUUAAUAUCAUGAAAGAACAUGGAAACAAUACAAAACGUUAUACAACUGUGAUUACGUUGUUUUGCAUAUGCUGUGUGUUUAUUCUUAUUAUAAUGCCAAUUCUAAAGCCACUCCUUAAUAUUAUUUUGCAUAUAAAUAAAUCUGAGUCACAUAAAACGCUACGGUUCAUAAUAAAUCAGGAAUAUUUUAUCGAUCAAGAGAAGUAUUCAUUCCUAAUUUUGUUGCACAUAAAUACAUUCAUAUGUAUAGGAUCAAUCACAGUAACAGCGACAGGAACAAUGCUUUUAGGAUAUAUGGUACAUGGAUGUGGAAUGUUUAAAAUUGCCAGUUACCGUAUGGAACAAGCAAUGACAAUUAAAAUUAUGAUUCAUAAAGAAAUAAUUUAUGCCGUCGACAUUCAUCGCAAAGCUAUAAAGUAUGUGGAACUUUUGUUAUCCAACUUUGAAGGAUCAUUCGUUUUAUUAAUACUGGUCGGUGUGAUAUCUUUAAGUCUUAAUCUUUUCGCAACAUAUCAAAUACAUGUCAUAACUGAAUAUUUUAUCGAUCAAGAAAAAUAUUCCUAUUUAAUUUUGUUACACGUCAAUAUAGUUGUAUGUAUAGGGGCGGCUACAGUAACAGCAACAGGUACAAUGCUCAGAGGAUGUCUCAUACAUGCCUGUGGAAUGUUUAAAAUUGCCAGUUAUCGCAUUGAGCAAGCAAUGACAAUGAAGUUCAAAAAGUUUAGUACAAAUAACGAGAUUAUGAUUUACAAGGAAAUAGGUUGUGCUAUCGACAUCCAUCGUAAAGCUAUGAAGUAUUCCGAAUUUUUAUUAUCCAGUUUUGAAGGAUCAUUCGCUUCAUUAAUAUUAGUCGGUGUGAUUUCGUUGAGUCUCAAUCUUUUUUCAGUUUUCCAAACUGCAUCGCUUGGAAAUAAUGAGGAAUGCGUAAUGCAUAUUGUUAUUUUGUUUGUCAUUCUUUUAUACAUGUUCUUAGCUAACUAUGUUGGACAAGAAGUUACAGACCACAAUAAUUACGUAUAUUCUACUGCGUAUAAUGUUCGGUGGUAUAUAGCACCCAUACAUAUACAAAAAUUAAUUCUCUUUAUAUUGCAAAAGGGUAGCAAAGUCUUCGUUUUAAAUGUUGGCAAAUUAUUUGGUGCAUCGUUAGAAAGUUUUGCCACGUUAAUAAAAGCAUCGAUGUCUUAUUUCACCUUUAUGUGUUCUAUGCAGUAAAGCAGAUAUAUUAUUUGACUCAACAGGCUGUG